AUGAAACACCGUGGUUACGUUACCCUCAAGACAUUCAUCAAUUCUGUAUCUAUGGGAAAGUACUUGGAUGAUGAGAUUCAGAUGUAUAAACGUAUCGAGAGGGGUUCGGGAUUUCACACCGGUCGCAAUGCUGUCAGGAGAUUACUCGACUCUUUUGAUAUUGAUGGGCCCGAGGGUAGACAUCGAUGCCUGGUACAUCCUCCACUGUGGGAAAGUGUGCUGACAAUUCUGCACCGGAAUCCGGUGCGAAGGCUACCUGCGCCGGUGCUUGCAUUUGUGCUGAAGCGUGUGUUUCUGGCGCUGGAUUACCUGCACACGGAAGGCCAGGCUAUUCAUACCGAUAUCAAAGCCGACAACAUUAGCAUGUUCGGCAUCGAGGAUGAUUCAGUCUUUCAUGACUUUACAGAGAAUGAGCUCAAAAACCCUUGUCCGAGGAAGGAGCUAGAUGGAAGGAAUAUAUACGUGUCUCGGGAGAUCGGAAUGGCCCGAGAGUUGGGAGCUCCGAUCCUAUGUGACUUUGGAUCUGCUGUGCCUGGUGAUAUUGAGCAUUCGGAAGAUAUCCAACCUGAUAUCUAUCGCGCCCCAGAGGUGAUCUUGGAGGCUCCAUGGGGCUAUAAAGUGGAUAUCUGGAAUGUGGGGUGCAUGGCGUAUCGAAGUCGAGCACAUUUCGCUGAGAUCAUAAGACUGCUCGGGCCUCCUCCCCCUGAGCUCCUCGCUAAAGGGAGGCUUCGUCAUAAAUUCUUUUCAGAUGAUGGUGACUUUCUAGCUCAAUCCCUGUUAGGAGAUCGCAUCCCACUUGAGGAUAGGGAAACAUCCUUCAAAGGGCUGAAUAAAACCCGUUUUUUAGUCUUCGUACGAAAGAUGCUACAAUGGGAUCCAAACAAGCGUAGCUCUGCUAAAGAGCUGCUAGAGGAUGAGUGGAUCUGUGAGAACACCAGGUAG